AUGUCUUCAUCAGCAGAACAGGUACUGUAUGUGUCGGAUGAGAAAUGGAAUGAAUUCUACUCAACCCCACUGCAUCAUUAUGAACAUAGUUGUCCAGUCAGGGAAAUCCGAAAGGUAGUUAACCACUGUCAAAAUGGAAGUACUCCCAGACUAAAACUCCCACCAAAUCUGAUUAGGCUCAGCAUUAGAGAAAACAUGUAUCCAACAGCUCUAAAAAUGAGUGUAGUGAAACCAGUGUAUAAAAAGGGACGUAAGGAAGAUGUCUCCAGCUAUAGACCGAUAUCAUUAAUUCCCACUUUUAGUAAGAUAUUCGAAAGCAUUAUCCUUUCUCAGUUAUGGCUUCAGAAAAGAGCUAAGUAUAACCACAACAGUUACACAGUUCAUCCAUAA